UAUCGCAUGACUUCUUUGCAGACGCUUUCAAAAUGCAACAUUGGUCAACAUCUCAAGCACAAGUGCAGAACAGGACAGUUAAAACUGAUGAUUUGCACAGAAAAAAUUUCAGGCAUACCUCAAUGGAAAUUUGCUGAUGGUUCCCCAACAUUGGGUGAGAUAUUCAACCCAGCCCGGGAUUGUCCUGACAUUGUUGAUCAAUUGCCUGAAGCAAAGGACGGAUUUUAUUGGAUUGUUUUGCCAAAUGGAACCAAACACAAGGUUUGGUGUGAUGUGCAUACGGAUGGUGGGGGAUUCACCUUGGUCGGAAAGAAAGAUAGCCCCCAAACCUGGACAGUUCCGUCAUCUUCGACUCCAGUUUACCCCCAAGGACCUCCACAAUGGUCAAGUGUUCUCGGUGACAUGAAAGUUCUAGAUUUUAGAGUACAAUUUUCGACAGAUAAAAGUUUCGAAGGAACAAAAGCUGACUGGCUGUACCGAUUAAGCGCAAAGCGAAUCCUGGGAAAUCUUUUUUCCGCUCAUAACAACAGUUGUCCAUAUCUUCAAGCUGGAAUUGGAAAUAUUUCAUUUGUUAAAGAUCUAAUGACUCAAAGUGUUGUGACUAAAAACUUCACAUGCUCAAAGUUUGGACCAGAUACUCAUCAAAAAUUGGGUUGGGGACGGAUGAAUUACUGUCUUCAAAAUGACUGCAAACAUGGUUAUGCAAUAUUUUCUGAUGCACUCGGAUUUCGAUACGAUAAAUUUGGGUCAUAUAGUUUCAGCGCAAUUUCACCCUAUUCUGGAAUGAAUCACGAUGCGACAGCAUUUAUUGGAUGUGAUCAAGACAAGUGUUGUGCGUGUUUUGGUCCCAAAGGUGGACUACGAAACUACUGUGGUCCUAAAUGUACUGCAAUUAAUGGUGGAAAAGUGAUAAAGAAUGCUUUUGCUUGGUUUUGGGUGAGAAACAGAAUGCCAAAGAGACUGUGGAAAAGAUGCAUGGAGUUUAUGAUGAAGAAUUCAGCUGGGAAAUCUGAAAUGUAUUUCAUUGAUUCGAAAACAGGCACGCCACACAAGGGGUCAUGCUCCGAACAUCUCAAUGCAUUUUUAAAUGAGGGAACAUUAACCGUGUCUGACAAGAAAAGUUUAGAAAAGACUCCAAAUGUUCCAGGCCUUCUAUCUUACCGUAAAGAUGAUAAACAAAUUUAUGUCAAUCAGGGAUCAAAGUGGCAAGCAUUGAGUAAAAAGAAAGAGGUCAUCCAAUUGAACAAAGCGCUCAAAUUUGAAACACGGUCUUUAAAAAAGGAAAUAAAUAUGCUUGAAAAGAAAAUUCAAAAACUUAAAGACAAAGAUCAAGAAAUUCUAAGCCGCAUUGAUGUAUUGUACCUACCAACAACCUGUUCAGGCGUGAAAACACGGCUGCCAUCGUCAAAAAGUGGAAAAUAUUUUAUAAAUCCAAAAAAUCAGGGACUUUCAACUAAAAUUCAAGUGCAUUGUGACAUGACCUCAAAGAAUGGUGUUGGCGUUACUGAAAUCGGACAUGACAGUGAAACAAGUAUCAAGGUGGAUGGUUACGAAGUGCAUGGUUCAUACCGCAGAAAAAUUAAGUACGACAUCGCCAUGGAUCAGAUUGCCGCAAUUAUUUCCCGAUCCACACGUUGCGAGCAAUUUGUUAAGUAUAAGUGCUACAACGCUGGUUUUUGGUUUAGCGCACCAGCGUCUUGGUGGGUAUCACGACAAGGAUCGCAAAUGAAGUAUUGGGGAGGAGCAAGUCCAAACAGUGGAAAAUGCGCUUGUGGAAUGACCAACAGUUGUUUAGAUCGAAGCCAAGGAUGUAAUUGUGAUCAAAAUAACAAUGUUUGGAGUGAGGACAGUGGCUAUCUGACAGACAAGAACACACUCCCGGUAACGGAAGUAAGAUUCGGAGAUACUGGCACUUAUAUUGGAAAUCCAGAGUACGGCUACCACACGAUAGGAAAACUUCGGUGUUGGAAGUAAUUGAAAUAUUACUAUUUUCUUGUUAUUCUUAAGCUUAUAUACCCGUAUAUAGUCACCGACCACCAGAGUUUAGUUCAUAAAGCAGUAUAUACUUAUUCACUUCGAUUAAUGGAAUAUACUGCAUAUAGUAAAGUAGUUUAUAUAAGUAGCUUAAUCGUUUCCAUGUGAAAGCAUACGAUUAGACCUAGUUUUCGAUCAAAAGCAUUAACACAUCUUUUAAAGAUCUCUUCUGUCAGUAUAACUUGGAAUACAUAAUAGAGUUUCCCAAACAUUUUUUCCUCAAUAUUGAUUUUUUGGAUGUCUAUAACGUG